GUCGUCGAUAUGUGUCAUUUGUGUUCACAUCAAAACUUAGAGGGAAUCCGCAUGCGUUCUGAGUUGUUGGUUUUUUGGAAACUUGUGAAUAAAUUUAUAAAUAAUGCGGUAACACAUGUCAAUAAAUAAUUCUUAUUGGCAAAUUAUUUUCAUAUAAAGUAUAAAUGAUUACCAUGUUAUUUUAAAAUUCAAUUUAAUAUAUCAAUUAUAAGAUUAUAUUUGGCAAAUAAAAUUUAUUUGAAAUUUUGAGCAGUAUACAGCUUAAUAUACAUAAAACACAAUGAGUAAUGAAGAAAGACUAGUUACAGAAGUUCCAAGUAGUUUAAAACAGUUAGCAAGACUUGUCGUUCGAGGAUUUUAUGCUGUUGAAGAUGUCCUAAUUGUUGAUUUGUUAGUUAGAAAUCCAUGUAUGAAAGAAGAUGAUAUAUGUGAAUUAUUGAAAUUUGAAAGAAAAAUGUUAAGAGCCAGAAUAGCAACACUAAAAAAUGAUAAAUUUAUUCAAGUUAGAUUAAAAAUGGAAACUGGAUCAGAUGGAAAAGCACAAAAAGUGAAUUAUUAUUUUAUUAAUUAUAAGACUUUUGUAAACGUAGUUAAAUACAAACUAGAUCUCAUGAGAAAAAGACUAGAAACAGAGGAAAGAGAUGCUACUAGCAGAGCUAGUUUCAAAUGUACAAAUUGUUCCAAAACCUUUACUGAUCUUGAAGCAGAUCAAUUAUUUGAUAUGACGACAGAUGAAUUUCGGUGUACAUUCUGUCGAGAAUUAGUAGAAGAAGAUCAAUCAGCACUGCCAAAAAAAGAUUCUCGUCUUCUACUUGCAAAAUUUAACGAGCAGUUAGAACCACUUUAUAUUCUUUUACGAGAAGUUGAAGGAAUUAAAUUAGCUCCAGAAAUCUUAGAGCCAGAACCUGUGGACAUUAAUACAAUUCGAGGACUGGAUACAAGAAAGCCAAGCAGUUUGCGUGCUCCUGGAGAACAAUGGUCUGGAGAAGCAUCUAGAACGUCAGGAUUUGCAGUGGAGGAUACAAGAGUUGACGUAACAAUAGGAGAUGAAACAACUGACGAUUCAGCAACGAAAAGAAAAGAGAGACCAAUUUGGAUGUUGGAAAGCACUGUUAUUAAUGAUGGAACUGAUGUCGAUGGUAGUAAUAACCAAGAUAACAUUCUUGAUAAAGCUGCAGCAACAGCAACAACAACGAUAUCAACAACAAAUAAUAAACAAGAUGAUAUUAUGUCAGUAUUGUUGGCUCAUGAGAAAAAAGGAGGUACGAAAACUGCGAAUGCAGUUAAAACUGUUCUUCCCCAAGACUCUAGCGAUAGCAGUGAUAAUGAAGAUGGUGGUGAAAUGCAAGCUGUUGAUGCAGAAAUAAUGGACUCUGAAGAAGAUGACUUGAUACCAACAGUCAGUGUUGGUGGAAAAAGUGUUGCUAUUACUGAUGUCAAUGAUACUCUGAUCGCAGAAAUGACACCAGCAGAAAAAGAAGCAUACAUUCAAACGUAUCAGGAAUAUUAUUCACAUAUGUAUGACUGAAAAUUAUGGCAAAGAUCGAAUUUAUAUCCUAUUUUUUCAAAGUUACAAAUAAAUCCAUCAUUUUGUAUAAAGACUAGAAUAAAUAAUUCUUUUUAUAUAAAAUAAUUGUAUUUACUGCUAUACUUUAAGGCAUUGAGUUUUCAAAACAAAGAAUGAAAUAAUCUAUUAUACGUAUU